UGUUGAGAUAACCACUUCACUCACAGUCUCACAGACGCACAGUGUGAUUGUGGAGGAGAUUGACGAUGGAGAAUAAUGACAAGAGAUGGUCCCUCGCUGGAAAAACCGCUCUGGUAACCGGUGGUACUCGCGGAAUCGGUCGAGCGGUCGUGGAGGAGCUAGCGAGAUUCGGGGCAACGGUUCAUACAUGUUCAAGGAGCCAGGAGGAGCUCAAAUCAUGCUUGGAUGAUUGGAAGUCAAAUGGUUUAGUGGUAACCGGUUCGGUUUGCGAUGCGUCGGUUAGGGAUCAGAGGGAGAAGUUGAUUCAGGAGGUUUCGUCUGCCUUUAGCGGCAAGCUCAACAUCCUUAUAAACAAUGUUGGAACUAAUUUAAGGAAGCCAACGGUCGAGUACUCGAGUGAGGAUUAUGCUAAAAUCAUGUCGACCAACUUGGAAUCAGCUUUCCAUUUUUCCCAAAUUGCACAUCCUCUUCUAAAAGCAUCUGGGGUUGGGAGCAUUGUGUUCAUCUCCUCUGUAGCUGGCCUAGUGCAUCUUAGUAGUGGAUCUGUCUACGGUGCAACUAAAGGAGCACUUAAUCAGCUUACAAGGAAUCUAGCUUGCGAGUGGGCAGGGGACAACAUUAGAACCAAUUGUGUGGCUCCAUGGUACAUCAAGACCUCACUUGUGAAACCGCUACUCGAGAAGAAAGGUUUUGAGGAGGCGAUAGUUUCGCGUACCCCACUCGGGCGCGUUGGAGAACCAGAGGAAGUCUCGUCGCUGGUUGCUUUCCUCUGCCUUCCCGCAGCGUCUUACAUCACCGGUCAGGUCAUUUCUGUUGAUGGAGGAUUCACAGUCAAUGGCUUCAGUUACACCAUGUAACCAAAAACCUCUCAUCGCAACUUUACUAAUAAUAAAAGCAAGAACCCGUUCGUGUGGUUUCUUCCCAUUAGCCUUUGUUACUAAUAAUAUUCUCACAUUUGCAUUUUCAAAAUCUUCAUUAUGCGCCAGUUAUGUGCCAGUUUGUAUAUACAGAUACAAACAAUGGGAAGAGAAUGAUUGAAUGUUAUAAUUCAGGUAAAGAUUA